AUGGCGUCUUCACUGGACAUUUCUUCUUCUUCCUCCCUUCUCUCUCCUCCCUCCGCUUCUUUCGUCACCCAGGAAGAGUUCAACCUGUUUCACUCCAUCGACCGCGAGCUCUACACCCGUCUCGUCCUCGCCCUCGGCCGCGACCCGGGCGAGACCAUGCAGGUCAUGGCCCUCUGGCUCUGGCUCGAGGACGCCGGCGGCGACCAGCUUCUCGUCAAGAAACUUCUCUCCCUUCCCGACACCCUCCUCUACUCCCUCGCCGACGAGGCCCUCGUCUGCCUCCGCUGCGUCGAGACCGACUCCUUCCCCGCCGCCGCCACCGCCGCCGAACUCCCCCUCACCCAGUCCCUCCUCGCCACCGACACCACCACCACCCUCUCCACCCGCUUCUUCCAUGAAAACCGUCUCGCCGUCCUCCGCGGCGUCACCCGCAUUUUCAACGACGUCUGCGCCAGAGCCUUCGACGACAUCCGCCGCCUCGUCCCCGUGCUCAGCGGCACAACAAAUAUUCAUCCGCCACCGCAAUUCCUGCGACCGGCGCCGUUUUACGAUCCUUACGACCUCGGCGCUCAACGGCAGUUGGUUAGCAACGAACUCAGCGAAUUGUUGAACCGGAUAAACUUGGUCACGCCCACCGAUCACCAAGAUGCUAACGAGAAAAUGGAAGUCCCGGCAGAUGACAGAACAAUUUUCUUAACGUUCUCAAAAGGCUACCCUAUAUCUGAAAUUGAAGUCAGAGACUUCUUCACCAAGAAAUUCGGUGAGUGCAUAGAGGCAAUAUUUAUGCAGGAAGUGACGGGGGAGGAGCAGGUGCUGUAUGCUAGGUUGGUGGUCCGCUCGGCGGCGGUCAUAGAGGUGGUGCUGGACGGGCAGAGCAAAGCCAAAUUCUCCAUCAACGGGAAGCAUGUGUGGGCUCGCAAGUACAUUCGCAAACGCUCCAAGUCCCCUCGAGGCCCUAACUCGCCGCCGAAGGCGACGGCGCAUACUGCUUCUUCUCCGGCGGAGGAAGCAGGAAGGAAGAAUAAAAUGAAUUGA